AUGCCGUCCUCUUCCUCUCAGAAGAUUUCUCAAGCCCUUGAAGAGGCCAAGGCACGCUACAUCACACGAAAUGCUAAAUCCAAGACCCUUCACGAAGAAGCCACCAAGUCUUUUCCUGGCGGCAAUACUAGGACAGUGCUUCAUACGGACCCAUUCCCCAUUUCUAUGAAGUCUGGCAAAGGCUACCAGCUUACAUCCGAGGAUGGCCAUGUCUACACAGAUCUCACAGCCGAAUUUACAGCGGCUCUAUAUGGUCACUCUAAUCCUAUGAUACUCGAUGCUGUGAACAAUGUCCUCAACAACGUGGGCUUGAAUGUCGGGGCAACCACGCCUCAAGAGCAGUUAUUUGCUCGAGAAUUAUGCCAGCGCUUUGAUCUCGAACGAGUGCGAUUCACAAACUCCGGCACCGAGGCCAAUCUUCAUGCUCUGGCCGCGGCAAGGCUGUUCACUAAGAAGAGAAAAGUGGUCGUCUUUAACAGGGGCUAUCACGGAGGAGUUUUGGGUUUUAAGGGGGGGAUGCCGGCACCCAACAAUGUUGACCCUGAUGACUGGAUUGUCGUCAAGUAUAAUGAUCUCGAUGCCGCCGUUAAGGCAAUUCAAAGCGAGGGGGUAGCCGCCGUGCUAAUGGAAGGUAUGCAAGGCAAUGGAAGUUGUCUGACUGCAUCUCCAGAAUUCUUGACUGGCAUCCAGGAUACCGCUGCCAAGGCCGGUGUUGUUUUCAUCCUCGAUGAGGUAAUGACUUCUAGGAUAUCCGCCUCUGGACUUGCAGGCAUGCGAGGAAUCAAGCCAGAUCUCAAGACAUUUGGCAAAUAUCUCGGUGGCGGCCUCGCAUUCGGCGGUCUUGGAGGAAGAGCCGAUAUCAUGGCAGCAUUUGACCCGAGGCUGGCCACUUCAAUUCCUCAUUCUGGCACUUUCAAUAACAACACGCUCGUGACACACGCUGGAUACGCAGGCUUAACAAAGAUAUAUACCCCUGAUGUCGCGGAUAAGUUCUUCAAGACUGGUGAGUUAUUCAUAACCAAGCUCCAAGAGACAGUCGAGGGAACCAGACUGGGCUUCUCGGGACUCGGAUCAAUCCUAUCUUCUCGAUUCAUCGAUGGAGAUGUGGAGUUAAAGGAUAUCACAAGCGCAGAUGACUUUACAGAGAACGAAGCAUUAAAAGACUUGUUCUGGUUUGAGAUGCUGGAGCAAGGGUUCUGGGUCACUCGUAGAGGUCUCAUUGCUCUGAUACUCGAGACCCCACAGUCUGAGCUUGAUAGGUUUGUCGACGCAGUUCAGGCAUUUGUAUCAAAGUAUAGUGACGUAUUGGUGUUUUGA